CAGAAAAUGGCUCGUGUUGGACGACCAUCGCAUUUCCUGAUCCACACAGGAUUCCUGUUGGCUGUUGUUUUACUGCCAGAGUUUCUGGGGGCCGUUCCAGUGCAGCAGCACAGGGAGGAGGAAGUGUCCGCAGUGUCAGAUGAUGACAACAUCGAGGUCCUGCAGAACCUGCAGACGCUGGUUCGCAACAGAAGGAACUCCCCCGUCUUCGCUGUGCCACAGUUCAAACGCAUGCCGGACUUCUGGGGAUGGUACAAGUACUUCAUGCAAAGCCACAACCAGGAGGGAGUUGAGGAUCUGGAUCGUCUGUACCUGGCCUACCUGCAGAACAAGCACAGGUCAGAGGAGGGCCCGACUUUCAACCACUACCUCAAGCACCUCAGUGCGGUCUACAAGUCGUGUGCCGACUCUGAGGAUCCAGAGUGCAUCUCCGAGUCCACCAGCAAGCCAAAGGCUGCGUUGGUGAUGCCCGCCGCCAUCAAGUCCGCUGCCAUCAAGAUGUGCAACCCUCACCUCGACCCCUACUGCCUCUUCCCCCUCGUCCCCCACGCCGCUGACCCAGAGCCAGCUCCAGCCAAGAUGCAAGCGCCCAUCUUCACCCCCAUGCCGCCCAUGCCGAUGAAGAGCUCGACUGGCUUCUACUACUACGCCCCCGUCCUGGAGCCUUUCCUGAGCGCAGGCCAGAGGUCUGAGCUGCUGAGGAUCUGCAACCCUGAAGAUGUGGAGUGUCUGCAGUAUCACCUGAGAGCAGCUUACGGCUACCGCCCAGCCGCUGGCCCGGCCCCAUCCUACGCCGCCCUCAAAUGCGACCCCAAGGACCCUUACUGCAUGCCCCCCCUGGUCCACAGAUCCCCCACCGGCUUCUACCACCGCCUCUACCCCAGCUGUGACCCGGCAGUCGACCCCCUGUGUGUGACCAACGUCGCUGCUCCUGCACAGGUGGCCCCUAAAGAGCAACACUGCAACCCGCUCUUUGACGGUGGCUGCAACCCGCUGACCGCCACCAAGCUGUCUGGCCUCACGAAGCCCGCGCUGGAGUACGCGCCCCAAGACGCGCCUCCUGCUGCUCCUCCGGCCUGCGACCCUCGCUCCAACCCAUUCUGCAUCCUGGCAGCCGCCGCUGCCCUGCGCCGCCCUGCCCCGCAGAUCCCCGAGCACCAGGUCCGCUACAAGCUGGGCGUCCGCGGCCGCACCAAGGAGGGCCACGACUGCUAUGUGCACUACGACAAAGACUGCACCCCGGUGAAGUCCGGCUCUGAGGCCAAGGCCGACUUCCGGGCUCCAGCCGAGCCCUUCUGCCAUCCGUUCGACCCCAACUGCGGCAAGUUUUCUCCACCGACCGCCGUUGGAGCCCCGAGGCCGGCGAAGGACGGCAUAAUCCUGCCCGACCCCGACUGCGACCCCGAGUACGACUACAGCUGCCGCCUGCGUCGCCCCGAGCCCGCCUCUGUCGCCGAUGAGGAGGAAGCGGCUGACGAGCCCGCCAAGGAGCACGCUGUCCCACGCUUUGACGACUUCCUCAGGGGCGUCAUGAGCCAGCACAAGUAGAUUUCAGAAGUAACAACAGGUUCAACAUCUACCUGUCAGAAAAGGAGCUCACCCUGUCGUCCCUCAUCUUUAUGGACUUCAUGGACCGCAACCUGUCACGAUAUCAUCAAUAUACCAGUUAGUUUUUACAAAACUAUAAAAUCCAUCAGCUCUUAAAUAGUGAAUCAGAUUUGCCCAGAAAAUCUGAAAGAGAUCUGUUUUUAGAAAGGGGAACAAUUCAAGAGGCCAAGCCACAUAGAACAUGUGCAACUUGUGUAUUAAAUACUUUAUGUGUGUACGUUUGUAGAAAAAGAGUUGUAUGUAUAAAUGUGUGAUAGAUUAGGGGUAAUUUUAAUUUGUGUUAGCGGGCAAUAGUUCCUCUAUGUUGUACAUUCUCUGUUUCCAUUUGAGUUACCCUAUUUAAUGUUUUUCACAUGUAGCUCUAAAUCUCAUAACGCUUCAUCUGUUUCAUUUUUAUGAAGUUCUAAAUAAAAAAAGAGA